CCUGACGUCACAAACCAGAAGUAGUGGAAAGAAGGUUGAAAAUGGCUCGCAGUGUGUUGCGUGGAGGAGUUUCUCUGUUUCAGGUCAGCAGGAGGAUACCGCUGCUGUCCGCUCCUCGGUGUUACUCCCAGUCGGAACCGGAACCGCUGACUCUGAGGGAACAGAAGCACGGAAUCAGGAGGAUCAUUUUAAACAACCCUAAGAAGAGGAACGCUCUGUCCUUGUCCAUGCUGGAAACCCUCCGAGAGAACAUCCUGACUGACGAUGGCGAAGAUCUCAGAGUCAUCAUCAUAUCAGCCAAAGGUCCGGUCUUCUCGUCGGGACACGACCUGAAGGAGCUGACGUCCACUCAGGGCCGAGAAUACCACACCAAGGUGUUUCAAACCUGCUCAGAGGUCAGUUUGUGUCGGUCUGGGACUGAAACUCCAGCUGAAGAGUUAAAACAUCCUGACACUGAAAAUAUCAAUAUUUCUCUUAUUUUAAACAUUUCUGACAUAAAAUACCUGUUGGAGUGGAGUUUAGUGUCGGCAUGGAAACGAGGCCUCCAGGUGUUCAUAAUCUCAGUAAUUUUAGUUUUUCAGGUGAUGACUCUGAUACAAGACCUACCUGUCCCAGUGAUCGCCAUGGUGAACGGCGUUGCCACGGCAGCCGGUUGCCAGCUGGUCGCCAGCUGUGACAUUGCGGUUGCUACGGAGAAAUCCAGCUUUGCCACUCCAGGCGUCAACGUGGGUCUGUUCUGCUCCACGCCGGCGGUGGCCAUCGGCAGAGCGGUGCCCAGAAAGGUUGCCAUGGAGAUGCUGCUGACGGGGUCUCCUAUGUCAGCCCAUGAUGCCCUGUUGCAUGGCCUGGUUAGCAAGGUGGUGCCAGAGGAGCGGUUGGAGGAGGAGACGUUGGCCAUCGCCCAGCGAGUGUGUCAGUCCAGUCGACCUGUUGUAGCUCUUGGCAAGAUCACAUUCCAAAGACAAAUGGCUCAAGGCAGAGAUGCAGCAUAUGCCACUGCCUCCAAGGUGAUGGUGGACAACCUGGCUCUUAGAGACGGACAGGAGGGGAUCCAGGCCUUCUUAGAGAAACGCAAACCUGUAUGGAGCCAUAAACCUGAGAAAGUUCAUGACUGACCCACUCAAAGAGGUUAUUAAGAGGUUAUGUCUUAGUAAACAUCUUUAUAGUGUGAUCUUUGGUCACUAAUUGAAAUGACCUAUUGCAGUAAUUUGCAACAUGAUAAAGAGCAUUUUUUUCAUUUCACCCAAAUGAAAAAAAAUAUUCAGAACCAUUUUGUGCCUUAAGAGCUGCAGAAACAACCCACUGUGGAUGCUUUUAUAGAGGUUUUUACAUUCAUGUUGCUCCUUGAAAGACAAAUCAUAGUUUGUCUUGAUUUGACAGUUUUCUGUACUAUCAAAGUUUGAUUCAUGAUGAAAAUGAAUGAAAACUGUUCUGUAAUGUUUAACAGCAGAACAAUCAGUAAAGAUUUUGUUGAAGUUGUUUUCUGAUGCAAAAAUCACAAAAGUGCAGGCUGCUGAAUGCUGUGACACUAAUCAGUGGCAUAAUCAGAACACUACUUUAUAUGACAUAACUGUAGUAUGCUUAUGCUUUAAUAUAUUUUUUAUAAUUGUAACAUUUGUUUUCAGUGUGUCUGUGCAGCUUUAUGCAGCUGUUCCUGUAAGUAUUGUAAAUUAUACUGUAAUUCAGAAUAAAAGCAAUAUAUGCAUUGUGA